AUGUUUAAAAAGAAACCAACGAUCAAAAAUCUUUCCCCACUGCGGUCUUCUGACCGUAGGAAGAUUGCUGAUCAAAUUCUCAAGGAUUACCAGAUUCCCGUUCCCUCAACCCCCACCAAAGCAGAUUUAUCCGCGCCCAGCACAGCAUCCGCCCCCGCCUCGAGCCUUACAUCGAUCCGAAAUGCCCUCCUGCCCGAGAACACUCAAACUGCUCGCUUUACAACCACUGCUGGUCCAGACCUUCGCGAGCUUCAAGGGAUCGUAUAUGUUGGCACACACCCUGAUGGUGAUGAGCGGGUAUUGUGGUUCAAGCUGGAACAUGGCCCGGGGGCUGACAAACGACUAUACCCAACGGUAUAUACACUAUGGCACAACCCGAACCUAGUCCCCUUACUCUACACCCCUGAGUUCGUGAUGGGAAAGCUCCAUAGUGGAGCUGACUUAAUGACACCGGGCCUUGCGAAUGAACCUCCCUUCCCGGAAAGGGCGGUCAAGGGUGCCGUUGUUGCGGUCGCGAGUGUAGAUAGUCAUACAGUGCCUCGAUUUGUGGGUAUCUGCGAGAUUGAUGUUUCGGCAUUGGGAGAGGUGCAGGGCACGAAGGGUCAUGCGGUUCGUGGACUGCAUUGGGAGGGCGAUGAACUUUGGGCAUGGAGCUCUGCGUCAUUGCCGGGUCGCCCAGCUCCAGAGUACUUGAAAGGCUGGGAUGAAGAUGAAACGGAGGGUGCCGAAGAACAACUGGGGGAAUUGAAGAUCGACGAUGAUGGGGCUACAAACACCUCGGGGGACAUUGAAACAUCAAACAAUGACCCAGCUACGGUAGAAGAACCCACAGCCGAAGAUGAGGCACCAACAACAGAGGAAAUUGACGAGGCGUUCGUUAACGCUUUUGUUUACGCCCUCUACAAGCUCAAGCAGGAUAACCCAUCAGCGACCGACCAUGGCCUUCCACUACCGAUUACAGCUUCGGCAUUGAUUGCCAACUUCACUGCUCCUUAUCUUCCUGUGUACACCCCCCAACAGGCUCAGCAUUACAACAUCAAGAAAACUAGCUGGAAAAACGUGAAAAAGUUUAUGAAACAUCUAGACAAAUCAAAGCUCGUCAAAACCAAGGAACGUAAUGGUCAAGAGACCGUUAUCUUGGAUGUGGACUUUGAGGACCAUCGGGUACAGCGAUUUGUGCCAUAUAGGCUGCCCUCGCCACGUGCCCUGGAGAACAGCAAGGCGGACGCGCCCGAAGGCAAAAAGUCGGCUGUGACGGAUGGCUCCGACCCUUCAGUCGGCCAGACAAUCACUGUGCAAAGUCUAUAUCGGCCGUCAGGAAAGCUGGUGCCGGCCAUUUUCCCUGCCCUCCCUGCCAGCGACACAAAUAACUUCUACAAAUACUCCGAUGUAUCCCGCCAUUUGGAUCAAUACCUUGAAUCCCAAAACCCGCCGAUCAUCUCAAAGGAGAAUCGACGCAUCAUAACCCUCAAUCCAUUCCUCGCGAACACUGUCUUCACUUCAUCAUCAACCGAAGAUAAGGGGACACUCGCACGCGGCAAGGUCACGCGUGACGGUCUUUUAAAACGACUCAUGGAUGAUAAGACGCUGCUCUCGCCAUUCCAUGUAAUUUUGAAGACAGGUCAAACUAUUGCAGACGUGAAGCCGAAAGCAGGCACCGCACCGAAGGUCACCGUCACCCUGGAGAAGCGAACAGGCUCCAAGACCAUUACCAAAGUCAUGACUUUGGAGGUCUUCGGCAUCAUCCCUAGUCUAUUGGCACAGGAGCUACAGAAAAAGUGUGCCGGUAGCACUAGUGUGACACAGGCUACUGGUGCUCCCAAGGGAAUUAUGGAGGUGUUGGUUCAAGGCGACCAGCGAAAAGCCAUUGAGACAGCUCUUGUUCGCCGUGGAUUAAAGCCACAGAUGAUCGAGGUUGUGGAUAAAACCAAGAAGAAGAAGUGA